UCCUCUCUGUGCUUAGUGGAAACAUGGCUGACGGCUCUCGGGCUCACAAACUGGACCUUGUUUCCCAGUAUAUCAGAACCUUUCCUGAUUUUCCCACCAAAGGAAUCAUGUUUAAGGAUAUUUGUCCUCUUGUGAAGGAGCCCAAAGCCCUGGCUGCAGUUAUAGAUCUGUUUGAGGAGCAGGUCAGGCAGAACCAUCCCCACACUCAACUCAUUGUGGGUCUGGAUGCCCGUGGCUUCUUGUUUGGGCCUCUUUUGGCCCAGAGAUUGGGAAUCGGCUUUGUCUUGGUCAGGAAGAAGGGGAAACUUCCUGGUCCCACAGUGUCUGUAAAGUACACACUUGAAUAUGGCACGGCUGAUGUGGAGAUCCAGGUUGACGCUGUGGAACCAGGACAGAAGGUUCUCCUCAUUGACGACCUGCUGGCUACUGGAGGGACGUUGCACGCAACGUGUGAGCUGAUGAAGAAGCAGAACGCUCAGAUUCUGGGCUGCUUGGUGGUGAUCGAGCUGAAGGACCUCCGCGGGGCAGAAAGACUCCCCGCCCCUGUCUUUUCUUUGUUGCAGUACUGAACGUAUGCUCACAUCUGCACCAAUAAUUACACAGGCAUCAGAUUCUUUCGAAUCGUAUUUUGUCUCUUUAAUUAAAGAAAAUUGGAGUUUCAGUAAUUAUCAAUUACUUUUAGCAGAUAUGAGGGUUGUUCAGUGGGACGUUUCGUCCUUGAGAUGCCGCUGUACAUCGAAAUAGGAAACAAGUUCAUGUGUCAAAUACCAAAGAGUCCUCGUUCCCCUGGUUGAGAUAUGAAUAGUAAAACGUGCUGUGAUUUACAGCACUGGUUCUGGGUUAUCCAGAUGCUGCGUCGAAGCAGGUUUACAGAUGUGUUCGUGUAUGUUUACAGUUUGUAAAAGAUGAAACUGUGCCUGUUCAGACUCCAUUCUGCUGUUGGUGAGGUUCAUGUUUAAAUGUGUUUUGAUAUCGAAAAGCCUUUGUAAUAUGGAAUUCUUCUUCCAUGAAAAAUCCAUCCUGAACACCCUGCAUAUUCAAAGUCCUUCCCGCACCAUUCAUGGCGCCGAUCUCCGUUUCGUAGCCCUCGGCCUCUCGCCUACAGUGGUGCUUGAAAGUUUGUGAACCCUUUAGAAUUUUCUAUAUUUCUGCAUAAAU